AUGUCACCGCCAUGGAGAAUCGCCAUGGGCUGCGAUGAAGCCGGCAUCUCGUACAAAGACGCCAUCAAGCGCGACUUCGAAUCCGACCAGCGCGUCGCCUCCGUCAUCGACGUGGGCUCGCACGAGGGCAGCGACAAGACGGCGUACCCGACGCGGGCGGCGUCGGCGGCGCGGCUCGUGGCCGAGGGCAAGGCGGACCGCGCGCUGCUCAUCUGCGGGACGGGGCUGGGCGUCGCCAUCACGGCCAACAAGAUCAAGGGCGUGCGGGCCGUGACGGCGCACGACAGCUUCAGCGUCGAGCGCAGCGUGCUCAGCAACAACGCGCAGGUGCUGUGCAUGGGCGAGCGCGUCGUCGGGCUGGAGCUGGCGCGCCGCCUGGCGAGGGAGUGGCUGGGCUACGAGUUUGACGCGGGGAGCGCGAGCGCCAAGAAGGUGGAUGAGAUUGUGCAGCUCGAGGCAUGA